GAUUGAUCAAGUAUACUCCAAAUUGACUUCUGCUACAUGAAGUCGGUCAACACCAAACUUCCUUCCGAUCUGAAGCUAUUCGUUGUAUCGGAUCUCAUUGAGUUUUUCAAGAGGAUUGGGAAUGCUUUUCCUGGAUUUAUGAUGGAUGACGGUGAGGAUGGCAGAAAUCACAAUGACAAGAACUUUGAGCCACAGGCCUUUCCUCCUAUUGAAGAUGACUGCAUGCAUUGCUUUGACUACAUAGAUACCGGUUUAGACGUUGACGAUGAAGAUGAUGAGGACGAGGAUGGAAGGGAAGAUGCUUCUGAGGAUGGUGCUUCUGAGCAAUGGUCAAAGGAGCUGUACAGUUACAAGCCAGGAGACUUUGCCGGUCCUACCCCUGGACCAACAAGAAACCUUGAGGCUGCUGCCAAUGAGCUGGACUUCUUCUACUUGAUGUUUCCUCCUUCGUUGAUUGAGCAUCUAACCCAAGUGACAAAUCAAUUUUCUGAGCAGCAGCGUAUCACCAACCCAGACAUUCCAAGUUGGAAACCAGUGUCAGUAGACGAGAUGAAGGUCUUUCUUGGAAUGCGGAUCUUCAUGAGUAUCCCGUUCCCGCAUGAGCUAGCGUUCUGGGAUUCGUCCAACCCUCUUGGGUCAAUUAGUAUGGCAGAUGUAAUGAGUAUGGAACGCUUCAGGGAUAUCAGCAUGAACUUUUGUGCCAAUGAUGAAAAGAAGCAACCUCCUGAAGGGGAUACCAACUAUGAUAAAUUGUAUGAAGUUAGACCAGUGAUAAAUGAAGUCUUAGCCAAAUGUUUACUGGAGUAUAACUCUCAUCAAAGCUGUUUGAUUCAUGCCUCUCAUAUACAUGCAUCAGACAAUCCUGGAUUCAUUCUCCGCAGGAAACCGUUUAACAUGGAAGUAUUGAUGAGGUCGGACUCUGUGAGUGGAUACUGCUGCGAGUUCUUGGUGUACGUCGGAGAGGUGAACCAUGAAAAUGAGGAUGAUGAGCCUCAGCCUGAAAAGAGGUUUCCAUCACGGAUGGUGUUGGAGCUGUGCCAAAAGCUCAAAGGACUCAACCACGUCAUCACCAUGAGUAGUUACUUCACCUCACCUAAGCUUAUCAAGACACUACUCAGCAUGGACGUCCUAGCCCGUGGUACAGUUACCAGGAAACUCAAAGGGUUUCCAAACACCCUUCUCUCUCAGACUCGUGUCGCAAAGCAAGGCGAAUCCGCUGUUGCCCAGCAAGGCAGCACGUCUGCUUAUGCCUAUGCCUGGCAGAACCGUGAUGUGGUCAAUCUAAUAUCCACAGCAGAUGACCCAACAGCUGUGUCGUCACUUGAAUGGGAGCAUCGUGGAAAGAAAAGGGCAGUUCCCUAUCCUGGUGUUCUCAAAGAGUACAACAAGUGCAUGGGUAGAAUGGAAAAACUGGAUAGAUCGAGAGUAGAGUGUUCCACAGCAAGAGAAAGUUCUCGAUGGUGGGUCUACCUCUUCUGGUGCGUGUUUGACAUUGCCAUUUUGAAUGCAUUCGUCUUGAUGAGAGAUUCCAAGGCCCACCAGAGAUCCGCUCCAAAUGGGAAGCGUAAGACCCUGAAAAUGUUGAAGUUCCGACAGAAUCUGAGCAAGCAGCUCAUGGAUCAUAAAGAACAUGUGGGUGAGGGUGAGAAAUAAAAGACCAUCACUAAUUUUAUCUGGACCAAUGUGCUAGGGAUUUGGGAAUGUCUAUAUUGGAUACAGUUUGCAGGUCUACUUUCUAUAGAUGAUUGGAAAUUAUCUGAUUACUUUAUGAUAAGAGUGAAAGAAGAGGAAUGAAUAUACUUUCUAUUCUGUUCUCUUUGAUUCUUGUUUGAUCACAUUACACCUUUCCAACAGGUGAAAUAUGAU